AUGCCAGCAAAGAAAGGAAAGCGCGGAGGAGCCAAGGGAAAAGCCCCAGCAGUAAAGGGAAAAAAAGAAGAGAAAGAUGAAGUGGCACUGCCAAAGGCGACAAAGACCAUCGAGAAGAAAGCGGCUCCAGCCGGGAAAAAGGGAAGAGGAAGACCAAAGAAGGGACCAGCGAAGAAAGGACCCGCUAAGGGAAAAGGAGCCGCCAAGAAACCGGCCAAAGCCGACUCGGAUAGCGGUGCUGAGGAGCACAAUGAACAGAGCGAAGAGCCAGCUUCUGGUGCCGAGGAUGCCGGUGCAUCGGAUGGUGGAGAAAAAUCUGAA